AUGCUACAGCCUCCCAAAAAGGACGCUAAGUCGUCUGCCAAGCAGCCCCAAAAGACUCAAAAGAAAAAGGAGGGGUCAGGUGGUGGCAAAGCCAAAAAGAAGAAGUGGUCCAAAGGAAAAGUUAGGGACAAGUUGAACAACCAGGUGUUGUUUGACAAGGCCACCUAUGAUAAGCUAUACAAAGAAGUCCCCUCAUACAAACUAAUCACCCCCUCAGUCGUGUCUGAAAGGCUUAAGGUCAGGGGGUCACUUGCUAGGAGGGCGUUGAUUGAACUGCAACAGAAAGGACUCAUUAAGCAAGUUGUGCAACAUAGAGCACAGGUUAUUUACACUAGGACCACCAAGGGUGAUGAUCCAGUUGCGUAAAAUAAGUGAUACUGGUACUUUUAUGUAUAGGAAGUAAUAAAAAGUUGAAAAAACA